GUGUAUCUGGUGCGGUUUGUAGUUGGCCAAGAUUAUGGGGAGGACCCCCAUAGCUCUGACCCAACACAUGUACAUGAAGGUUUCUCGGAUAACUCCUCAUUCCAAAGAACAACUGGUGCACCAUCAGCACCAGUGAGAAAGGCAGCUGCGCCAAAACCAAAAGCAGAUUAUGGAAGGUUCUCAGUGACAACCCAGUUUCCUCCAUCCGUAUCCAUUGCCUCAUUGCUGGAUGCUGGGAAGCUCAUCAAACCAGUCACCAAAAACAAGUGUCUCCUAACCUUUGAACAAUUUGGCAUUGCCUCCAAAGAAUGGACAGAUGCAAUGGAGGUAGAGUGUGCAGUAGAUUCAGAGAAGUUUUCCUCAGGUGGAUUCCGUGAUACUUACCACUGCAAGCUAACUGGCAAAUCUGCGGGCCAAAACAUUUCAAAUCGCUGGGUUAUCAAAACGUACAACAAGAAGUCCAAAGAAGUAAUUAGUACUCAAUUAAAAACUAAUAUAGAGAGCCAUUGUCAUAGGCAAGUACAAAUGCAUGAGGUAGCUAGGCACUUAACAAAGAAGUUCCAGUCACAGGCACCACAAGAAAUGGGAAAGUGUUUUCAGUACAACCAUGUAUACUACACCACAAUAGACAAGAAACCAGCGACAGUUGAGGAAUUUGUUCCAGGCCUCUUUGCCAAACUGAUUAAUAAUAAUGGCAAGAAGGCCGAUCUGCCUGAAGAUGCAGAUAAAGAUUUGAAAGAUUUGUUGGCCAAAGCAGAGUGCCUGGUUCACUAUACCUAUGAAUCAUCCACCCAACAACUCAUGUUACUUGAUAUACAGGGAUCUGGCUACUGUUUAAAUGAUCCCGAAAUAGCAACAAAUGAUAUCAUGGAUGCCAGCAGCUUAGAAUACUAUUUCUGCUGUAGAAAUUAUUCAUCCGUGGGCAUCACAUGCUUUCUCAAUGAACAUGAAUGCAAUGCCUACUGUAAGAUGAUGGAACUAAGUCAGUAAGAGAAUGGAUUACUGGAGCAUAAUUCACCUUCCACCUUUUAUCAAGAUAGCAGCUCAGUGACUGCCUUUCAAGUGUUGUGCUGUUAGUUUAAACCUUACUUCAUGCUUCUCACAGACCAUUGGGAGGAGAACAUGGCAUGGAACAGUUCAUUUAAGAUAACAAAUCUUUUUUAUCACUGGCAUUUUUUACAACGUCCAUGAAUGUUACUAAGUCUGUAGUUCUUUGUGCUUGGACCAUUUGUUGGACAAUUUUUUUUACACAUUUGAACUACCGGUAUAAGGAAAAAAGUUACAAUAAAAUGCACUUUUAUGAUGAUGCUGAUGGUGAGGACUCUUUGUACUUCUCCUUUAAGAAAAGAUAGGCAUCUGCUGCCUCGGCUGGCUUCACCCCAUCAAUAUUGGGAAUAAUUCGUUCACAGCUCUCUCUCAGAGUUUUUGGUAA